AUGAGGAGUGAUGACAAGUUUGGUUCUGGAACCAUCGUUGAGAACAACAUGUCCUUGAGACAAACAGAUGGAGAUAUUGAGGAAGCUACUGGAUAUUCCAUGGAUAUGAAGCACCAGGUUUGCAGAAGCAGGCAGGGCCUGCCCUGGAAGGCCCAGAAGCAGCAGCAGGUGAAGCAGCCCUGUCAGUCACCUGCUGUCAGAUGUCAAGAAACAUGUGCACAACAAACCAAGGAUCCAUGUGCUCAGCCCAAGAAACAAUGCCCACCCAAGGGCACAGCUAUCCCCACCCAGCACAAGUGUCCCGUGGCCCAGCAAGCCCCCAAGAAUAAACAGAAGUAA